CGUCAGCGCAAGAUGGCGGCCUCGGCGGCUGUCUUCUCGCGCUUGCGGAGCGGGCUCCGGGUCGGCGCGCGGGGACUGUGCACGCGGCUGGCGCCUCCACCUCCCCGCACUCCAGAGCAGGUUACUGAGGUCGCCAACCGUGGGGGCUCCAAGGCCCAAGGGCCACAGCAUCAGGCAGGCUCAGAGGGUCCCAGCUAUGCCAAAAAAAUUGCACUCUGGAUUGCUGGUUUGCUUGGGGCUGGUGGAACGGUCAGCAUCGUCUAUAUUUUUGGAAACAACCCUGUGGAUGAAAACGGUGUCAAGAUCCCUGAUGAAUUCGACAGUGAUCCAAUUCUGGUUCAGCAGUUGCGCCGGACAUACAAGUACUUCAAAGAUUACCGACAGAUGAUCAUCGAGCCCACCAGCCCCUGCCUUCUCCCAGACCCUCUGCGGGAGCCUUACUACCAGCCACCUUACACACUGGUCCUGGAGCUCACCGGGGUCCUUCUGCAUCCAGAGUGGUCGCUGGCCACUGGCUGGAGGUUUAAGAAGCGUCCGGGCAUCGAGACCUUGUUCCAGCAGCUCGCUCCUCUGUAUGAGAUUGUCAUCUUCACGUCAGAGACUGGCAUGACAGCGUUUCCACUCAUUGACAGUGUGGAUCCGCAUGGCUUCAUUUCUUACCGUCUGUUCCGGGAUGCCACCAGAUACAUGGAGGGACAUCAUGUGAAGGACAUCUCAUGUCUGAAUCGGGACCCAGCCCGAGUAGUGGUUGUGGACUGCAAGAAGGAAGCUUUCCGCCUACAGCCCUUCAACGGUGUCGCCCUGCGGCCCUGGGAUGGCAACUCAGAUGAUCGGGUCUUGCUGGACCUGUCUGCCUUCCUUAAGACCAUUGCCCUGAACCAAGUGGAGGAUGUGCGGACCGUGCUGGAGCACUAUGCGCUGGAGGAUGACCCACUGGAGGCAUUCAAACAGCGGCAGAGCCGGCUUGAGCAGGAGGAGCAGCAGCGCCUGGCCGAGCUCUCCAAGUCCAACAAGCAGGGGCUCUUCUUUGGCUCACUCGCCAGCCGCCUGUGGCCUCGCUCCAAGCAGCCAUGAUGACUAGGCCAACUCAGAGACUUGGUGCCUGGGCCUCGGGCCCCAGCCCUCACAGAGCAAGGUUUGGACAGCUGUGUGUCCAAUAAAGCAAGUCCCAGAUGCCACAA